GCCACUCUCUGUCCUCUGGCUCUCCAGACUAUGCACGACUUUGAAUACCUCAAACUCCUGGGAAAAGGCACUUUUGGCAAAGUUAUCCUGGUAAAGGAGAAGGCCACGGGACGCUACUAUGCCAUGAAGAUCCUGAAAAAGGAGGUGAUCGUAGCAAAGGAUGAAGUGGCGCACACACUCACAGAAAACAGAGUCCUCCAGAAUUCAAAACACCCCUUCUUGACAGGACUGAAAUACUCUUUCCAAACACACGACCGCCUUUGCUUUGUCAUGGAAUAUGCGAACGGCGGUGAGCUUUUCUUCCACCUUUCAAGGGAUCGUGUCUUCUCAGAGGAGCGUGCUCGGUUCUAUGGUGCAGAGAUUGUGUCUGCGCUUGACUACUUGCACGCCGAAAGAAACGUGGUCUACCGCGAUCUAAAGUUGGAAAAUCUGAUGCUGGAUAAAGAUGGACACAUCAAGAUAACAGAUUUUGGCCUUUGUAAGGAGGGGAUCAAAGAUGGUGCCACCAUGAAGACUUUCUGUGGAACACCAGAGUACCUUGCACCUGAGGUACUUGAGGACAACGACUAUGGCCGUGCUGUGGACUGGUGGGGUCUUGGCGUGGUGAUGUACGAGAUGAUGUGUGGCAGGCUGCCUUUCUACAACCAGGACCACGAGAAGCUGUUUGAGCUCAUCCUCAUGGAAGACAUCCGCUUCCCACGGACACUCGGUCUAGAGGCGCGCUCGCUGCUCUCUGGACUCCUCAAGAAGGACCCCAUGCAGAGGCUAGGUGGUGGUCCUCAUGAUGCCAAGGAAAUCAUGCAGCACAAGUUCUUUGCCGGGAUUGAAUGGCAAGACGUUUACGAGAAAAAAGUGAUUGGUCCCGCCGUUCAAGCCCCAAGUUACCUCAGAGACGGACACGCGAUAUUUUGAUGAGGAGUUCACCGCGCAAACCAUCACGAUUACGCCACCUGGACAAGACGAGAACAUGGAGUCUUUCGACAGUGAGCGGAGACCCCACUUCCCCCAGUUCUCCUACUCUGCGAGUGGGGUGGCCUGACCGACACUUACACUUUCCUCAAUCAUCCCCCUCAAUCCCUUCCCUUCAAGCCGACUGCAUCCUCCAAAAAGACUGGGGCCCGUCGAUUGUUCCUCACCUUCCUUGCUCAAGGAAGGACCAAGUUCAUGAAGACACAGAGCUCUCUCACGCCCACCACCACCACCGUCACCACCCCACCCAAAUCGCCCACCUGCGCCACCACUAUUCGAAAUUUAACACUAGACUUCAUUUCCUGGCUGUUUAGCGAGCGGGCAUCCACACAUCAGCACCUAUGUCGUAAAAAUUGGACCACUGCCUUAAGUUUCAAGAAGCACUGUUAUAUUUUUCGAACCCAAGUAAACCGAAAUCAACCAUUUCAAGUAGAGAUUACAAAUACGGUGGACCAAAGUUCUGUCGGUAAUCUGGUGUGCUCGUUGCUUGCCUCCUCUGCAAUUCAAAAUUAAACCUUCGACAUUUUGGGGGAGCUUCAAAAGUUAACGUUUGAAAUAAAGGUCAUAUGUCUUGCAUACGUCCCUUGUUGUAAACACCCUCAUUGAGUCUGAUCGAGUAAAGGUCUGAUAUGCAAAGAAUGGCAAAGUUUUGGAGACUGUUAACUCAUUCACUGCCCACCGUUUUCAAAAGACAACCGUUAAGAGCGCCAGGCAUUUUAAGGAAUUUUGCCAGAUUUUUCAAGAUCUACGAAGUGAAAGAAAGAAAUAGUAGACUGUUCUUUCACGAGGAAAAAUAGAUUGCCUAUCUUUUUCCAUUAUUUAGUAAUCGGCAGUAGAACAUACAAGAGUCUUGAAAUUCCGAAAAAACAUUUCAAACUGGCUUUUGAUAGAUGAAACCGAACAGUGACAUUAAUCAUGAUAUUCUUGAUUUUUGUGAUACUGUACUUCUAACAUCUAAACCAGCAACAAUAAUUAGGAAUAGCUUUUUGAUUCUAAAAUGAAUUACGGAUUUGGCCAUAUACAAGUGUUGUAAGGGAUGCUAAUCACCAGACUGCCAGUCCAUCAGGGGCUGGCUUAGAUUGUUCAGUGGCCGUCAUGCAUGUCAUAUCCUCAGGUAAGACCUCAGUUGUACGUUGUCACAUUUAUAACAAACACACCCUUCUGCUAAUUACCACAAUACAUACUAACCAUAUACAGCACAUUACCUGUUAAAAAUGCCUCAACUUGUGCGGGCGACUACCGCCUUUAUGUCCUCUGGCCCCGUGUACAGGGCCGAUCUCAAAUCCAAAAUGGUACUCGCUGCGACAUCUUGGCGGUUGUGCCUCAUUUACCAUUCUUCCCAACUUGAAAUUCUCAGUAGAACAGCAUCAGUGCCACAUCCACCCCUUCAUGUGUGGGAAAAAAACAAAACAUCAAAGACGUUAAACUACGUCUUUGGCACUGAAUGUUUGGAAUCUAAAAGAUGUGACAACAUCUUUGGCACUGAGUGAGUUAACGUCCACCUCUUAGCCAGCUAGUCCUAAGUGUUUGCACACAGAUAUGUGUCCUCUUGAAAUAAAAUGAAAUCGUCUUGUUCUCAUUGCAUUUCUGUCUGAAAUCUCAAUGCUGCACAGUGAACACCUCCGGGUUUCCCAAAGAUCCGGAUCAGUCGAGCCCUUGCUGACCCCUCGGAACCUCUUCCCUCCUGUAGAGUUUUUCUCCUAGUAGAGUAUUGGGUGUUUCUCAUCCAGUACUUCCUCUGCAGCCUCAGUGAGGUCACAAACACGAUACAUUUCUGUCGUAACACAAAGUGGGCUUCAGGGGAAAAAAACACAUCAAAAGUAACCUUUCGUUUGCCUCUUGUGGGAGUUUAUGUCCGGUCCCCUACUUCUUAUUUAUGAAACCAGCAUUUAAAUAUUAAGUUUUCAUGUGCCAAUGAAAUGCACCUUGCUACCCCACAAUGAUUGUAUCUGGAUUUUGUUUUAGUGGUUGGAAAAGACUAAAUUAGCUUAUGAUAUAAUAUUCAAGUGUUGUGGAUGAAUUACAAAAAAAAACUUUUUUUAAAUGUUUCUGAAGCUAAACUGUGAUCUAUGAGAUCCAACACGUGUAUUUAAAGUAUGAUUAGAGGUUUUCAUUGUGGUUAAGAUGACAGAUAAUCAUUUUUCAAAAGUGCAUUAUGCCUUCUUGAAUGUAACGAUGUUUGUUUUCACUUCAAAAAAACCUUCUUUUGUUAAAUAUGAUUGUUGCUUAUUCCUAUGCACACACCCUUCUUGCUGUCACCUUCUGAAAAAUAGGGAAAUUUGUUUGACAUUUUUUGUUUUUUAUUGCAACUUUUUGUACCUGCCCUACCAUAUCCGCAAGACUGAGGACACCAGCUUUCGUAAACAAAUAAUAUAAACUUUGUACACAGUUUUUAAAUUGUUUCUUUCAACCUGAUGGAAUAAAAGGUCUUAACAAUC